AUGACGACAGAAAAUAUACCAACACUGGUUUCUAUUUCACAAUAUAUAACUUUAUACGUUGGUUCAGCUAUAUUUAUUGCUGGUGUGAUUGGAAGUUUUCUCAAUAUCAUUAUAUUUCUUGGCCUACGAACCUUUCGUGAAAAUUCCUGCGUAUUUUAUUUAAUUUUCAUGUCCUUUGUAAAUAUUGGUAAUUUAAUGGCAGGACUACUUUCACGCAUCAUGAUCAGUGGAUUUAAACUUGAUUGGACACUAAUUUCACCCGUCUAUUGUAAAUUAAGAUGGUAUGGUCUUCAAUUUGGUGUUCUGACUUCGUUUACAUGUACAUGUUUAGCAGCUAUUGAUCAAUAUAUGUGUACCAAUGCUCGUCUUGAAUGGCGUCAAUGGAGUACUACGAACGUAGCUCAUCGUUUAAUACUAAUAAUGACUAUUGCUUGGCUACUACACGGAGUUCCAUAUUUAAUAUAUUUUAAUUUAGUUCAAGCACCUAUUACUGGCGGAAUUUCAUGCGCCAGUGAUAAUUUAGCCUUUCAACAAUAUCAUACUUAUGGUUAUCUUAUUAUACUUGCAGGUGUUAUACCUCUUAUCAUUACUUGUAUUUUUGGACUGUUAGCUCGUAAUAAUGUUCAUCAGCUAGCACAUCGUACAGUACCUCUUGUUCAACGUUCUUUAGAUAAACAAUUAACCAACAUGGUUCUUCAUCAAAUUCUAUUUAAUUUCAUUUUUACAUUCCCAUAUACUUUUCACACAAUUUUGACAUCAUUUCCAUAUGAUAUCAAAGAUCCAGAUAUACUGGCAAAGUUAGAUUUUGUAAAUGUUAUAACCAUUCUCUUCUAUUAUUUAAGCUUUGCAGGCCCCUUCUAUAUUUAUACGUGUACAUCUGAACGAUUUCGUCAACAAAUAAUUUAUGUUUUAUUGAAUGUACAUCUCAAACGAUGGCAACGACCCAUAAUACAGAUUAAUCAAGUGGCCCCUACUUCACAUGAGAAUCCAUAA